GAUAAUCUCAAUAAAAUAUAAAAUUUUAACUAAUCUAAAAAAAUUAUAUUUAAAGAUUAAAAUUAAAGAUUAAAUAUGUCACAACAACAAGGCAGUGCUUUUAGCAUUGGAUCUUUAAUUUUAACUCCUAAACAAGAUGAUUAUUAUUGUUAUGAAGGUAAGGAAAUUUAUGUAACUUAAUUGUUAAAAAUCUUGAAAAUAACAGAAGCUUUAUUGAUUUUUAGAAAUGACAGAAACAGAAUUACGACAGAUACUUGAAACUAUUGUUUAUUCGAAUCUAUAUCUGAGGUUAGAAAAUGACAUUUUUGAACGAUACCUCGCACGUCGAGAUCCUGAUAGUUUUCAAAGUAAUUUUUUAACUUAAUGUGCGUUUAUUUUAAAUUAUUCUGAACUUUUUAUAUUUCCAUUUUAAUUAAUAUUUUCAGAUAAUAAAUACAUUUGAUGUUGAUAUUAACAAAUCUCUUUAAUCUUGUUUAGAAAUGGCACAAAUUUUAGAAACCGCUAAGCGCCUACAGAAAAUCGCGCCUCAACACGGUCGCGCGUCACCCGUUAUGAGCGUAACCGGAAGUCUUGUGAAUGAUCGCGACAAAGAUUCAGUGAGCAUUGCAAGCGUGCGAUCCGGAAGUCGACACGUCACGCCAAGUCUUUUAACAGCCAGGGCACCAACGGGAAGAACAAAGUUCGUCCGCUAUAAUUUCUGUCACAAUUUUUUUCUUUUUAGUUACAAUUACGAUUAUCUCUUGUUGAAUUGUAGAAUCACGUAUAUGGUUCGUAUCGAGAUGACAAAUAUCGAGAUUCGGGAAUUACAGAUGGAACUGGAAAAACUUGAACAGUCGUCGAAAAAGAAAAAGAUAUAUCUGCGAGCGCGAAUGGAAGAAAAUCACAUUAACAUUCGUGAAACUUGUAAAACUAGGGAGGAAUUUGAGCAGAAUGUUGUACAGAAAGGCGCAGAUAGCAUUACAGGGAAGAUACCAGCUGAGAAGUUUAUCAGGUGUUAUCAUUAACAUCCCACAAUUAUAUAUUAACUCCUCGAUAAUUGUGUAAACAGAUCUGAUAAAGACAUACAAGAGACUUAAGUUUAUCGUGUAGAUUUAUAGAAGAAUGGUUAAAAGUAGUCGACAUCAUAACAGAACAAAUCAGAUUGAAGAUGACCACCAUAAAGUGCCAGAUAAGAAGAGUUCAGUUGCAGCUGAAGCAGAGAAAAGAACUGGGCGAGGCU